UCUGUAUUUAACUGGUUUUCUUAUCUGCUCUAUCUCUCUCAUGCCGAAGAAAUGGGCAAUCUCUUUGCCUGUUUCUCCCGUAAGGAAGUGAAGAAGAAACCUUCGAAACGUUUCUCGAAUCCUCCUCCGGCCGUUGCAGCAGGCUCCAGCAAUAGAUGGAACAGAAUCCGAUCAUCGAAGAAAGAAAAGCGUGAAGACUCUCUCACUCAAGAACAAGCUCUCGCUGCGGCUUUACUCUUUCAUCAGCAUCAGCAGAACGGUACGCUUCCAUUCGACCGUUCCGCUUCUCUCAGAUAUCCUGUUCCAGGCUCAAAGAAGCAGUCUUUGCCGAGGAGUUCCAGCUCUAGGGCUCGUUCGUUCACAGACCCUCUUCUUCAGCCACAUCAGCUCGUUCACCAGAAUCUGAACCUUGAUGAUCUGGAAACAAGACAUUUUGUCCUUGUUCAUGGUGGUGGAUUCGGUGCUUGGUGUUGGUAUAAAACCAUUGCACUCUUAGAAGAAAGUGGAUUCAAAGUUGAUGCAGUAGAUUUAACUGGUUCUGGAAUUCAUUCGUCUGAUGCAAGCAGCAUUACGAGUCUUUCCCAAUAUGUAAAGCCACUUACUAGUUUCCUUGAAAAACUGGGAAAUGGAGAGAAGGUGAUUUUGGUAGGACAUGAUUUUGGUGGAGCAUGUGUAUCAUAUGCAAUGGAGUUGUUUCCAUUUAAGGUUGCAAAAGCUGUUUUUGUUGCAGCGGCAAUGUUAACUAGUGGACAGAGUGCUCUUGAUAUGUUCUCCCAACAGGCAGAUUCAAAUGAUCUUAUGCGAUCUGCUCAAAUAUUUAUAUAUGCAAAUGGGAAUGACCACCCCCCAACUGCUAUUGACCUUGACAAAACAUUAUUGAGGGACUUGCUAUUUAAUCAAAGUCCUGCUAAGGAUGUCGCUUUGGCAUCAGUUUCCUUGAGGCCAAUUCCUUUUGCUCCAGUUCUAGAGAAGCUCUCCCUUUCUGAUAGUAAAUAUGGCUCUGUCAGGCGGUUCUAUAUAGAGACUCCUGAAGAUAAUGCAAUACCCCUGUCUCUACAACAGAGCAUGAUAAGUUCAAACCCCCCAGAAAAGGUCUUCCGGCUGAAAGGUUCUGAUCACUCGCCUUUCUUUGCAAAGCCUCAAGCCUUACAUAAGUUAUUGGUGGAGAUCUCAAAGAUUCCCUCAACCAAAGUCAGGUAGUUCCAGACACUCUGGAGCCUCAUCCUGAUUGCUAACACAACUGGCGCAUGCAUGCCAGCCCUUUUAAGAGAUGGCGAUGUGUAUAUGCAUGCAAUGUUGUAUAUACUAGAUAAGAUUCAUGUGUCAUCGCACAUAUGUACUUGCCGCUGCAUAUUUUGCAACAUAGAUUCCCAUUAGUUUUGUGCAUGAAGGAGUCGCCAGUCAUUUAUGAGAUGCUUUUAUUUGGGCAUUUUUCGAAUUUUACAUUGGAAGGCAAUGAGGUAAUUUACCACUGGUAUCCU